AUGGCCCAAUCAGCUACCCUUACAGCACUCACUCCACGCGAAGCCGUCGCAGAUGCUCUCCACCGCUGCAUCCUUGGUCUCGACAGCAAUGACUGGGACCUAUUCGAAUCCGCAUGUUUGAAGGACGAAAGCGUGACUGUUGUUGCCGGUCCGAACACUAUCCAGGGCUGGACCGCGAUCAGCGAGUCCAUGUCCAGGGUCUUCCUCCUGGUCACCACACAUUUCAUCACCAAUAUCCGCGUUGAGCUGAAGGAUGUCGCGGACACGGCGUCCAUGACCGCGCACGCAGUCGCGUAUCACGUUCGGCCAGAUGAUGCAUUCAAGCCGGAGGAUACUUCGUACACGGCGGGGUGUUUGUACUUUAUGGAUCUGGUGAGGGACAGCAGUGAUGGCUUAUGGAAGAUAAAGAAGUGGGAGAUCAAGAUCCAGUGGACUUCUGGUGAUAAAGCGGUUCUCCACGGAUGA